AUGUAUGCCAUUCCCACGAUUGCGUUCAAUAUAUUAAAUCAUUUGGAAAGCAAUAAGAAAACUAUUAAACUACCUGAGCUUAAAGCCAUUUUUAUGGCCGGUGCUACAGUGCCCUUAGAGUUGGCAUACCGUGAGCUACAAAUGAUCCCGACGUGUAAUGAUUCGCUUAUAAUGUAUGGCAAUACGGGAGCAGGAGAGCUAUUAUCCCGGGCACACAACCAGAUGAUAGGUUACUGGAUGGACGACAUCAAGGAACUGGAGACCUAG